AUGGUACAAUCAAAGAAAAGACCGAAACCAGCCAAGGAUCAUGCAGUCAAGAAGAUAAGACUUUCUGCGCUUGGCGGGAGAAAGUUAAAUAUCUAUAAUACAAAGCGGUUUCCAGUACAGAAGAUCCAUGAGCUUUUGGAAAGUAAAUUUCCCGGCGGUGCUGUCAGAUCCGAAGCCGCCAUUUUUCUGACAGGCGUCUUGGAAUACAUCGCUGUUGAAAUCUUGGAAUUGUCUGAAAACGCUGCCAAAACAAGUGGUAGACGCGGUAUCCUUACUGUGACCUUAGAGGAUAUGUUGCAAGCCAUUUCAAGUGAUGCAGAAAUUACACAACUAAUCGAUAAAGUUAGAAUACGCGAACAAAUCAGAAAAGAUACCAGAGUAACUGAACAAAUGAUGAAAGAUCUCAAAAUAGGAGAACACGCGAGGAAAAGUAGUCUUAAAACAGGAGAACAAACUACAGAAGGUACCGAAACAAGUGAAGAAUUACUCAAAAUAUAUGCAAGGGUUGUUUGUUGUUAA